UUUCGGCUCAGUUGCCUUUCAGUCUCUUUCCGGUUUGCGUCUCGCGGAAACUUUGGCGCAUACGCAGUUCCACACAAAUAAAAUAACUUACAAAUUCAGUUAUAAUUUAGAAUUAACAAAUAUUUAUAUUUAUUUUAUUUAAUAAAAGUUACCUAUCACCACUAUUGUAAAGAUAUGCCGAUGGCUUUGUGAAAAUCAGUGAAAGAUAACAAUCCUCAAGCUAAAAUCUAUAUAAAUCCCAUAUAGUGCAGUGAGAAAUUGGAAUUCAAUUUUGCCUGCUACUCAUCUUGCUCGAGAGCCAAAUUCCCAGCGAAUUGACAGAGAAACCCUUGCGAGAGGGUCAAGGAAGGAUACAACAGACAACAGACAGCCAGGAUGGUGCUCGUGCUGAAUGGUGUGCUGCAGGACGACUGCCCCAUGGACACCAACAGCCUGUUCCUGCAGCAUCCCGUUUACAGAGACUACGCCCAGCAGCUGCACUCCAUCCAGGCCAAGUCGGUGGGUCCGGUGGGUCUGCUCUACGUGGGUCAGCGGGAGAUGGCCGCCUCUGCGCCGCACGACAAGCACGUCAACAUCAUCGGUGCCGACGAUGCCACCACCUGUAUUAUCGUCGUGGUCCGGCACUCCGGAUCUGGUGCUGUGGCCCUGGCGCACUUCGAUGGCAGCGGCGUGGACGAGGCUGUGUGCACCAUGGUGUCGCGGGUUCAGGAGCUGGCCGUCGGCUACCCGGAGGGUCGCAUCGAGUUGCAGUUGAUUGGUGGCUAUCGGGAUGCCAAGGGAUACGGCGAAGACGUAUUCUUCAGCAUUAUGCAAUCAUUCCACAAUCACCUACUCGAGAUCGAUCUGACGCAGGCUUGCGUGGGCGAGCUAAAUACCAUGAUGCGCGGCGAGAUCAACUGCCCCAUCAUCUAUGGAGUGGGCGUGAACAUCAAGACUGGUGAGAUCUUUCCGGCCUCCUUUCCAGACCGAGGACCCGACCGGGAACUACGCGAUGCUCGCAUCUUCAUGGGCGCACAGUCGGUUCUGGAUAUAUACGACUCCUCGCUGGGCAUGCUACGCAUUGGACCCUUCAACUACGAUCCGUUGCGCGGCGCUGAUCUGUGGCUAUCCCAAACGGAUGAGUUUCUGCUGCAGCACCUGUCCUCCAGUCCAGACGUGGAGCCGCCUCACUUUGCGCCUCAGACGCGUGCCACCAUUAGGUUUAUACAGGAGAAUCAGUUCCCCGCCGUCACCGUUUUCAGGGACAAUCGGCCGCGCUACUUCCGGCGGGAUGACGCCACGGGCUUCUGGGUGCUGGUUAGAUAUUAAAGCUUAUUUUAGUGUUUAGUUGUUACGCAGUUCGAAAAUGUCGCAGAUGUGUUAAUUGACUGGUGCAUGUGUUAACUGUCGCUGUCCAUCGCAAAUGCUUCUGCUUGCCUUUUGUUUAAGUUUUGAUCGUUGAGUUGAUUGUAUUCGGCUGUAAUUGUCAUUGAUUUCCUGAUUAAUCUGUAUCUGCUGUAAUUAUUGGCCGAUUAGCAAUAGCAAUUGAUGAAUGCGACAUAAUCUCUCUUCAAUUAGAUACAAGAUUGAGUUCCGACGCUGGAGACGGUUGCUUGGGACGAGCCUUAGAAAUGGAUCUGAACUGGGAACGUAAAAGCGAUAUAUAACGAUAAAUAAUUAUUACAAUUCUAUGUGCACAUGUGCAUGUAAAUAUUUAUGUGAACCCCAUUAAAGAACCUAUUACUAUUUAAAAGAGAUUCUUAGCUAAAUAUAUAUGCGCAUAUUCCGUGUAAACGAAACGAAACAAUUUCGAAUGCAAUCAUUUUAGCUGUAACUAUAAACUGUAAUCAAAAAUGUAAGAAAAAUAUAUAAAAAUGGCUUGGCUAUACAUACACACACACAAGGAAA